UCAUCAUGGAGGCGCAUUGGCUUCGGAAAGCAGCAACAAAACAACCGCGGCAUAGGUGAUGUAGAUCUUUCAGGUAUGGCCACAACGCGGGCACCAGGGCCACAACGCGGGCACCACGGCCACAACGUAGGCACCGAGGGCAUACCGUGGGCAUCGGGGCACAACGCGGGCACCAGGGCCACAACGCGGGCACCACGGCCACAACGCGGGCACCACGGCCACAACGCAGGCACCAAGGGCAUGCCGUGGGCACCGGGGGCUCAACGCGGGCACCAGGGGCACAACGCGGGCACCGGGGGCAUACCGUGGGCACCGGGGGCACAACGCGGGCACCGGGGGCACCAGGGCCACAACGCGGGCACCGGGGGCAUACUGUGGGCACCGGGGGCACAACGCGGGCACCAGGGCUAUAACCCGGGCACCGGGGGCUCAACGCACCGGGGGCAUAUCGUGGGCACCGGGGGCACAACGCGGGCACUGGGGGCACCAGGGCUACAACGCGGGUACCGGGGCCACAACGCGGGCACCAGGGCCACAACGCGGGCACCGGGGGCUCAACGCGGGCACCAGGGGCACAACGCGGGCACCGGGGGCAUACCGUGGGCACCGGGGGCACCGGGAGGCACCGGGGGGGCACCUAUGGGCACCGGGAGGCACUGGGGGGGCACCUGUGGGCACCGGGGGCACAACGCGGGCACCGGGGGCAUACCGUGGGUAUCAGGGGCACAACGCAGGCACUGGGGGUAUAACGCAGGCACAACGUAG